GACGGAGCAGCGAUAAUUCGUCUCGGAUCUGGGGAAAGAGAGUAACAUCCGAGGACACCCGGCGAGGCCCAAAUGCGUGUAAUCGCGUUGUGAAAACAUCGCGCAAUCGGAAUCUGUUCUCGUGCAUCAUGGCUCUUUACUAUGCGGGAGCUUGAUCGAGCCUAUUCAGUCUCUUUCUCUCUCUCGCUCUCUCCAUCUAUCUCUUUCUCUCGGUGUCCCCCGCAAUAUAUUAAUUGAUAAUUGACGAAGGAAGAAGUUAUCGUUUCGCUCUCGGACUCUAAUCGAGACUGCAGGAUAUACGUAAUACACAAUGGCUGCAACCUUCGAUCAGUACGACAAGUCGAGCUGGUACUUUGGUGCUAUGUCACGGCAGGAUGCUUCCGACCUAUUAAUGGGUGAGAAAGAAGGUGGUGUAUUUUUAGUACGAGAUAGCACUUCCAUACAUGGCGAUUUUGUACUAUGCGUAAGAGAGGACAGUAAAGUUAGCCACUAUAUCAUCAAUAAAAUUCAACAAGGAGAUCAAAUUCGGUAUCGGAUCGGAGAUCAGAUGUUUCCAGAUAUUCCUAGUCUUUUAGCUUUUUACAAACUGCACUAUUUGGAUACCACACCAUUAAUUAGGCCUGCUCCAAAGAAGACACAGAGGGUAAUCGCCAAAUAUGAUUUUGAUGGCAAUGAUUCUGAUGAUUUACCCUUUAGGAAAGGUGAUAUACUCACUGUAAUAUCAAAAGAUGAAGAACAGUGGUGGACAGCUAGAAAUAGCGUUGGACAAACUGGUUCGAUACCAGUUCCAUAUGUUCAGAAAUAUGACGAGGAUAGUCAUAUCAUAAUAGAAAAUAAUUCGCGGCCUGAGAGCGGGGGCAGUUCCGGCUCGAAUUCAAAUUCGGGACCUACAACACAGGUAUCUCAUGCAGAAAUGACGGGACAAGCGACUGUAACGCGAAGAUCGAACAUUCAGAGAACAUUACCGGCUUUCGCAAAAGUGAAACAGGCAAGGGUGCCGAACGCGUACGACAAAACUGCGUUAAAAUUGGAAGUAGGUGACAUGAUAAAAGUGACAAAAACCAAUAUCAAUGGACAGUGGGAGGGUGAGUUACAUGGCAAGGUCGGACAUUUCCCGUUUACGCAUGUGGAAUUUGUAGAUAACGAGACUGGUGAAGACAAUCAGGAGAUUUAACAGAAAUUCUCCGAGUGCGAUGCAUCACAUGUGUGACAAUGGGAAGAGAGACUCCUAUAUUAUCAAAAUUUAGAUUAUUAAUAACAUCUAUUAUAUGUACCAUUGCAUAGAUGUGCUUAUAUACACUCAAGUCUGAACAAUUACACUUACAUUUGAUUGUGCCGCGUGUUAUGUGCUAUAUAAGAAGAAACCCCAGAUUUUUGUGCAAUAUGUCGAAACAUGAGAAAUGUUCAAAGAUUUGUGUUAAUAUCUCUACAGUGUGUUAAUACUUUAGUCACAUGUACAUCCGUAAUCUCUAUUAAUACAUUGCUAAUUGUCCAAAGCACAAGCAUAAUUUUAUAAAGUUAUUAGAUAUAGAUGUGUAAAAUACAACACUCU